AUGGCAUCAACAACGGCAAACUCAACAGACGAUCCCCUUCGCGAGCCGCCGGGUAGCAGCAAGUAUGCAGAUCAUGCUGCACAUGACAGUAGACUCAAGCUUGGUGACUUCACCAAGCUGAGCUCCAACAGUCUCACAGGCUGGGCCUCUCCGAAAAAUGCAAAGGCCUCUGACUCAACCCCAUCCCUUGGAAACUUCAAACGGCUCUUCCAGCAAAUUCGUCUCAAUGACAAUGAAUCAUUACAACAGCAGCGGAAGCCAUUGGCUUCCCCAAAGGUACAGCCGAUCACGAUAUUACAGCGACCUUCUGUACCGCAAUCCACCGACAAUGCAGACAUCCCUAAAACCUCGGCUGUGCCUAAACAUUCCCAUCAAGAUAAUCAGGAGCAAGCAUAUAUUUCCGCCUCAAGACAGCCGGACCGAAGCACCGAAGGCCGUAUCCCUUACAUAAAGAUGGCAGGUGAAAUCCAUGAGAAGCGAACUGGAAAGGCUAUUCGAAUCACGAAGGAGGCUGUUCUGAAGGAAGAGAUAUACCAGGAAGAUAAGGAUGAAUUCCUCAAAUCAAACCAGCCCAGCUUCGACCCUAUUACCGACUCAGAAGCUGGAUGUGGUUCUGACAUUGAUGUGCUGCCUGCCACGUCUUACUCAACCGCUGCCUCAACACCACCAAGCUCAAGCGAGUCUCCGCUUAAGCGUUUUGACGAAGCCAAAAAGAACAAGAAAGAUUCAAAUGCGGGCAAGACCAAAUUUCACUCCAGAGAUAGCUCUGAACCCAACAUUGUGGUCCUGGCUGACAGCCAAUCGGACCAUGUCAGACAUGUUAUCUCAUAUCAGCAUUUCAAAUAUGGCCCCCUUACUGAGAUUCACAGUAACAUGCAGACCACGGUGGUCAAGCAUGAGGGCCUUAUGGGAAAGCUCGUUCAUGAGCGGGUUAUAGACUCUGUGAUCAGCAAGGAUUAUCCCACCAUUGCAGAAAAUGGAAUUCAUGUCUUUGUCGACAUGUCCAACAUCAUCAUUGGAUUCCAAAAGGCUCUAAGAGCCAGAUUUGGUUUGCCAGAGUCCUCACGCUUUGUUCCACUUCCACAAAUGAACCUUGCCUUCUUUCAUGAACUUCUUACCCGCGAUCGAUACGCGGAAUGGCUCAAUGUUGGCUGCUCUGUGCGUCCCAACCGCAACGAGCCCACUUUUGUCCAAGAACUCAAGGAUCUUGGCUACCGCGUCGACCUUCGCAGUCGUCGCCCUGAGCAAUCCGGUACUGAUGACCACAACACGUUCGAAGCCGGCGGUUUCCGCUAUAUCGAAGACAUGGUUGACGAAACCCUCCAGAUUAGAAUUAGCGAGUCUGUUAUGCAGUAUUUCGAGGAGCCUGGCACGCUUGUCAUCGCUACUGGUGAUGCUCGGCCAGCCAAGUAUUCAGACGGCUUCCUGACACAAGCUCAACGCGCUCUGAAAAUGGGCUGGAGCGUUGAGGUUGUUUCUUGGAAAGCCAGUCUUUCUUCUGCUUGGACUACUCUUCUGAAGGACCAGACCAUCGGCUCCAGAUUUCGCAUCAUCGAACUCGACCAGUUUCUUGACGAACUUUGGAUCUGCUAA